AUGGGUGUCGACACCCGCAGACCGAUCCUGCCCGCCCCCACGGAGUCUCUUGUCGACACCACGGGCGGCAGUACAACAGGAACUGAUUUGGCCACUGACAUCUCUCGACGCACAGACAAGACGUCGUACUCGAUCCCAGACGACGGGAGUCCCGUAACCAUUUCUACCCGGUGGAGGCACCGCGACCGCGGUGACGAUUCCAAACUGUCGCGCUCGUCGCAUCACUCCCAGACCUCCCUUCUGAUCGAGUACUUCGAGGGAGGGAAGGGUUCUGGUUCUUUGACCUCGCGGCCAAGCGUCCGUGUUCGAGUGACCCCCUCGUCUGCUCGGAAGCUGAAGGAACAGAAAGAUCAUAUUCAGAUCUCCGAGUCGAGCGGGAACCGCAGGCCUGUCUACACCCGCCGCAUCUCAUUCAGCUCUCCGUCGAAGCAGAAGAACCUGGUAGAACCGGAUGAUAACAGUGUCUCGUCCUCGAACUCUGCCAUCGAUGAGAACCAGAACUCGUCUCGACACCUCCCGGUGGAAAUCGAGUUCUUGAAUCGGGACCAGGGCAGUGAGCUCUCCAGUGUCUCGCGCGACAGGUACAUCCCGGCGACGUCGGAUAUCUCGUCGAUGCCCGCGGAUAGCCUGCUCGAAGCCUCCUCUGCUGCUCCCCGACGGAAAAGAAGCUCAAGCCUUGACCGAAAAAAGGGCCACAACUCCAAGGGCUACCUCAAAACUCCAUCUCGUCAGAGAAGCCGCAGCCUGAGCACCGAGCGGAUCGCUCAUCGGGUAGCCGAAAAGCUGAGCAACGACGCACCUGAAACCUCUACCAGCAAGAAGAGCAAGGUCUACCGGGACGACGACAUGGUGAGUCCAGAGUCCAGUCUGCUGAGCGCCUCCGCGGUGUCCUCGCACCGGAAGUCAGGAGACCAGUACUCGUUCCGAUCGGGCACAUCCAAAUCAUCUAUCAACAACCCGAAGUUGCUAGAAACGGUUGAAGAUGCGAUCAGGAGACUGAUUUUGCCCGAGCUGAAAGAACUCAAGAAGGACCAGAAGGUCAUUUCCAAUACCAACAAGUUCGAACGGGACCUCAAUGCCUCCUACACCUCCUCUGCUAGCUCUCCAUCCCGCGAUGAGCUGGGUCGACGCCUCUCCAAGCAUGCCAGUGCGCCUGAUGUGAUGAAACCGAAGGUGGUCCUCAACAAAGACAGCAAAGACGAAGGGAUCGUGCUAUCGGGAGACCCAAAUCCGACCCAGAAAGAACGCAGGGCAAGCAAAGACAAUGAAAAGAAGUUGGAGCCACCGUACGCCGUAUGGGCCAACCGCCCUGAGCUGACUGAACAAGAUAAACUCCGGCGCCAGAAAAGCAAAGGACUGCGUGACGCGGAGAAGGCCGGGAUUGUGGGGACUGCUCUGACAGCAGCCGCCUUGCAACGGCAUGAGUCACAAUCCAGCAUCGAUCCGAACGAAGACAGAAGAAGUGAGGACAGAAAUCAUCCCGCAGGAGGCAUCAAUGAAACGGAGCUGGUCUUCCAAAGACACAAGGUGGCACCCAUGCCGCUGAGAAGUGCAGUCGAAACGGAGUUAACGCGAGACUCCUUGCUAUCUCAACAAACUGCAGGGACCGCGCUCCCGCACGAAGAAGCCACACUCUACGAUGUUCCUCGGGUGUCACCCUUGCGCGUUGCGUCUCCCGCCUCUCGCACCCCGAACCGCACUCCGUUGGACACGCGAAACGAGUUGGCGUUGAAGCACAGCAAUCUUUCGCGUCACAACCUAUCGAUUAAUAGUGCUUCUGAUCCUGCCCUUCGUGAUCGAGAUCACUCGCCAGUCAGCGAGGCCGCGGCUGGAGCUAUCGCCGCGGCCAAUCUUCUCGAUCCUCAUUCAAGCCGCCAGGAUUCCGAUUUCACCGAUGAUCCUCGCCGUCGCACUCUCAGUCCUAUUCAGAGCGUAGCGAGCAACCAGAGUGACCAUUAUCUCCAGCAGUAUCCGGUGCAACAUGAUGAUUAUGAGUAUCCCGAGAGUGAAAGAGCGCUGGAGCCACGGCUCUCGAUCGAAUCACUUUCGUCUGCCCCGAGCACCAGCCUAGCAAGGUCUACUCGACCGGACGGGAUGGCGAGUCAUAGCGGUAUCUUAAGACACCGAGACGAUGACGAUCACGAGCUAGGCUAUGAGGAGACCCCGACCCUGUCACCCCGAAAUGAGAACUGGCACGAAGAUUCCGAGUUGUACGAUCCCAACUACCGGCACUCGAUGGCGGAGACCGCCGACAGCGAUGGUAAACGACUGACCAACUACACGGAUAACAGUGAAGUCAGCUAUAUGCAGAAGAUCAGCCAGGGCCAACGUGUAGCCCAAGGUAUUGGUGCGAAUCCUCAAUUCGUUCAACCCCUUGCUGUUGAAUCGGCGGUGGCCUCGCUCCUCGAUCCGUCCAUCCUGGACACCAAAUCCAACCAGUCCGGAGUGCCUCCGCAACAGAACCUGCCUCAGAUGAAGUCGCUGGAACAGAUCCCUCAAGCAUCUCGUCAAGGAAGCCCUCUCAAGCAGCGUCAAGACGCAGCCAGCCCAGAUGAGACUUCUUUCUCAAGGAGAAUGGGUGCUACCUCGCCUCCGCAGAGUGUAACCCAGUCGCUUGAAGGCCGGACCGAAUCGCCCAAUUUCUACGCAAACGAACAUCGGAGCGUGGAGAGCCCCCUUCCCGAGAAUCGCGAGAUGAGCCCCGAUUCGGAAUCUGAGAUCAAUACCAAUCCAUCCAUCAUCCAAGGUCCUGCCCCAGGAAGCAACUGGGCCUAUAACCAGACACCGCCCAAAGCGGAUCACUCUCCCUACUACCAUGAGGGCGCCGAUGCGGCUGCUGGCAGCGCUGGCCUAGGCUUGGGUUACAACAAAGACUAUUACGCAGCUGAGGACUAUGGACCCGACGACUAUUUCGAUCAACCAUACGCUGGCGGUCAGAUGUUUGGCACGCCGUUGGGUGCCAAAGAUGAGGGCUACGUAUCGGCUGCUAACCCUCUGUCCCCGGGAGCUGAUACUCCCGAACCGGUCGGCAAGGGAUUCGGUGGACUUGAUGCUGGUGGCAUGGGUCUGUUUGACACACCUCUCCGGGCAGAUGAUCCGACAGGUCCUUCCCACCACAGGAACCUCAGUGGCUACUCCCACGGUAUUGGUUCGCCUUUGUAUGAUAGCGCAACUGGAAGAGGCAUCGAUAGGAUUCAGUCGAAGGAUAUUGUUGCCCUCAUGGACCACCUUACUGUUCGCGAUGCUCAGCGCAAUGCUCGAGAUACCGAGAUUCUGGUGACACUCGUCAAGAGUGCAGCAGAGAUGCGCAACUCAUUCGAGGAAAUGAAGAAAUUCAUUGCUCUACAGGAUGGCAUGAUCAUGGAUGCCAGCGACCGGCAGCACGAACGGACAUACAAAGCGAUUGGUGGACCACGCCCACUGCCUGCCAGUGUUGCGAGAAGUUUCCGCCAGUCCGCAGAUGACGGCGAAGACUUGCGAUCGAAACGAAAGAAUCUGUUCAAGCGAGCACUGAAGGGUUUGAGUCUGAAGUCUUCCAAUGAUCUUACCAAGAUUGAGGAGAUGCUGGAACAGCUACUGGAAGAGGUCGAAGCUCUGCGUGCAGUCCAGGAUGAUAGUCGAUACGCUCGCAGUGGCAGGGCGCCCAGUGUUGACCCGGAAGGCUAUGAGCCAGAGGGUUUCGCCGGCUCUGGUUCUCCUGGAACUCAUUCGGGCUACCUAUCCACCUCGUCUCGGCCUCUGCAGGAGGCCCGUGGCAAUGGACAAGCCAGAGGUCUUGAGCACCGCGUCAGCACCGUCCCCGAGGGCGAUGAAGACAUGGAUCUCGACGAGCGCGGGGAGUUCCUCAGUCCCAAUUUGCCGUCCCAGGAGAAUGCAGAGCCGCGUCGCGAAAGGGCCGAUUCCUUGCCUCUGUCCACAUCCCCUCGUGUACCAGUGGCUUCGGGAGCCCUCAGCAACGAGACCAGCCCCAAGACAACUGAAAAGGCACGGAAACACAAGUCAAGCAGCUCGUCCUUCUUCCCCAAGAUCUCUCGUUGGUCCAAGACCACGGCGUCUUCCAUGGGAGACAACAUCCGCAACAGCAUCCAACCCGGACGCAAGGACCGCCCGUACUAUGAUACUUCUCGAUCCGGAUCGGACGUUGCACAUGGGGCCGCAUACAAGGCCGGUGACUGGUACGAUCCGCACGGCGAUGACCGGCUGCGUUCCAACUAUACCCUGAACGAUCAGCAGCAGCAGGAGAAUCGGCCUCCGUCGCCCCUUGUCCCAUCCCAAGUCUCGGAAGCUCCGAAAUAUCGCGCUCACCGCGGCAGUCUCGAUCUCCAGCAUCCCCAGCCACGCCAAGGUCCAACGGGGCGCUACCAGAACCAACUAGAAUCACAGGCGCAGGUGUAUGGAGCGCCCAUGAUUGGGGCAACAUCUGAUCAAUGGGGGUCCAAUCCCAGCCUGUCCGCGGUCAACCCCAAUCAGAAUCGGUUCAGUGCCGCCAGCCGGCUCUCCCCGAUCUCUGAUGCUGGCUACUCGCAGACAAGUUCACGAACCGGACAACAGGGACCACCAAGACCGCCAAAGGUCAAGGACGAAGGUCCUCUCAUCCCGGAGCGGUCUCCCAAAGUCAAGGAGGAUGAGCGAGCGUAUACGGACCGUGUUGCCUCUCAGAGCUCUAUCGUGCGUUCUCCACGCGCCACGCCCUCUCCGCGCAAACCCACGGGACCCCGGCCUCUCACAUCCGGCAACCAAUACAGCCCUGCGCGGAGAAAGAGAAGCGAAUACCGCGCGAGCCCUGAUCAAGUUGAUGACGAGCAUGACUAUUGA